CACCUCAGUUUGGAACUUGGAAGUCGAGACACACACACACAUACUAGAUACAUAUUCAUACUUCUGUUGCUCAUUGCAUCUCCUAGUUCAGCAAAUUGCCAAAUUGAGACAUGGGAAUUGAUCGUGUCAACACGGCAGACACUGGCCGCGGACUCACCGUCUGUGUGACCGGCGCCGGCGGUUUCAUCGCGUCCUGGCUAGUGAAGCUCCUCCUGGAGAAGGGCUAUGCCGUCCACGGCACCGUCCGGAACCCUGAUGAUAUGGCAAGGAAUGUGCACCUGAGAGCCUUGGAAGGGGCGACAGAGCAGCUGACCCUCUUCCGGGUGGACCUGCUUGACAAGGAGAGCCUCGUCGCUGCAUUCCAAGGAUGCGAAGGCGUAUUCCACACCGCAUGCCCCGUCACCGAUGACCCGGAAAAAAUGAUCGAGCCGGCGGUGAACGGAACGAGAAAUGUGAUCAACGCCGCGGCGGAGGUGGGCGGCAUCCGGCGUGUGGUAAUGACGUCGUCGAUUGGCUCCGUAUACAUGGAUCCUCGUCGUAGCAUCGACGGGGAGGCCGACGAGACAUGUUGGAGCGACCUCGAGUUCUGCAAGAACACAAAGAAUUGGUACUGCUAUGCGAAGACAGUGGCGGAGCAGGCGGCAUGGGAGCUCGCCAAGGAGAGGAAGCUCGACCUUGUGGUGAUCAACCCGUCUCUAGUGUUGGGCCCUCUGCUACAGACGGCGGUGAACGCAAGUACGUGGCAUAUUGCCAAGUAUCUGGACGGCUCGGUGCAGACGUAUGCCAACGCGGCGCAGGCGUACGUGCACGUCCAGGACGUCGCGGAUGCGCACACGCGUGCGUACGAGACGCCCGACGCGCAUGGCCGGUACCUUUGCGCGGGGCGCACGCUGCACCGCGGCGAGGUGUGUCGUAUCCUCGCCAAGUUCUUCCCAGAGUACCCCGUGCCCACGAGGUGCAAGGAAGGGACGCGCGAGAUGAAGAAGGGGUGCCGGUUCAGCAGCCGGAGGAUCAUGGAGCUCGGCGUCGGCAUCACGCCAGCGAGCCAGUGUCUCUACGACACCGUCACCAGCCUUCAGGACAAGGGCAUCUUACCCCGUCGCCACGCUGAUAUGUCCUGACAACUUCGUGGUCACCUUGGUCAAGUUAACUUGCUGCACGCAUGCCCGUUUGAUAUUACAAAGUCGUGGCAUUGAAUUCUUUAUGUACUUCUUAUUUUCUCAUCAAUUAAUAUAAAGUGUCCUUUGUCAGAAGAAUAUGUUAUGAUGUUUACCUAU